AUGGCUCAGACUCUGAAGAUCCAAGGCGACCCUGACUCCGAGAUAUUGGUUGCCUCAAAGGAUUCCUUCACGACGGGCGUUCCUGUCGGGUAUGAAGAGCCCAUACCACCUGCUCCUGAAGUGUUCCGCACAAGGACGAAACAGAGCAACCUGGACGCGUCUGAGUACAUGGAGGAGGUUAACAACGGGAUACGGUUCACAGACAAGCUGGACUAUCCCGGGCCACCUGAUGUUGCUGGAGCUGUCCGUGCUGCAAGGGACACCCAGGACUCCUUCUUCACUGUUUCCGCUGACAUAAAGGCGGCACACAGGUUGGUCAAGAUCCGCGAGAGCGAUUGGAGGCUGUUGGUAUGCAAGUCCAAUUCAGAUUCAGACGUAUGCUGGGUCAACAAAGUUGGUACUUUUGGGGUGUCUAGCGCGCUCUAUUGGUGGAGUAGACUUUUUGGCCUGGCUGGUAGGCUUGUUGCAAGGGUUCUCUUGAACAGAUGGGUCGUACAGCUGGUGUACGUUGAUGACCUCCAUGUUGUAUGCGUUGGCGAAGAAAAGUUUGAGACCUUGUGGAUGACGAUUGCGGCCUAUGAGGCCUUGGGCACCCCUUUUGGUUACAAGAAAUUCUCUGGCGGACUGGACGUGCAGUUUGUUGGUUACCGUGUUGACUAUUUGAACAUGUCUGUGGGCAUAAGCGAAGCUCGUGGACAGUGGUUGCUCACCUUCUUGCGGGAAUUGAGAAGAGAUGCUUUCACGGUUCACGUCCACCGGUUUGCGGAGUUUCUUGGUAGGCUCGGCUUCACAUGCCGGGUGUUGCUGUGGUUGAAACCGCACCUGGCUCCACUUUACUCAUGGGCUUCGGCAGUCAGCAAGAGCACAGUUGCUACGGCGCCUCGGCUGGUCAGGCUUGUUUGCAUGUUCUUGGAAAAGCAGUUUGAGGAACAGAAGUUCAUGUUUUCUUGCUUGAAGCCGCGAAGGCUUACUAAUGAAGUAUUCAGGACGGAUGCAAAGUGCGAAAACAAUCUUGUGGUGUUAGCUGGGUAUCAUUUUCCCGAUGGCAGAUGGUUCUCUGUGCGGGUUACACCGCACGAUGCUCCGUACCUCUUCAAAGAGAACGGGGACAGUGAGUGGGCUUCGGCGCCUGCAGAACUUCUCUCAGUUUUAGUUGCGCUUCAGCUCUUCGGCUAUUUGGAGCCCAAGUCGGGGAGGACGUGCAUCCGGCUUUGGGUGCAGAGCGGGACUGAUAAUCGCUCUAUUGAUUUCUUGUCCAGGAAGAAUUCGACAACACGUUGGCCUCUCACCUUAGUGAAUAUGCAAUUGUCACACUGCUUGAUGAGGGCUGGUGUCAGAAUCAGUUUAGCUUGGAGACCGAGAGACCAGAACACCCUUGCGGAUGACCUUACGAAUUCCAGGUUUGGGGAUGUCGACUUGAGCAAAAGGAUAGACAUCGAGCUUUCAGAUUUAGAUCUUUCCUUGCUUUUGAGCCUUUGGGAAGCUAGGCAAGAAUUUUUGGACCGCGACUCUUGGGCGGUUUAUGGAAAGGGGAGAGACAAAUUUGAGAAAUCAGCUUGGGGUUGA